AUGGCGAUUGAGACUUCAGAUGGUACUACUGAUAUUCCUGCACUACCUCCAGCUAGAGGCGGUAGCUCGUUAAUCUCAAUUAAACUCACUGGAAUUGAGAAUUAUGCCUUAUGGAACAGUUCUAUGCGAGAGAAUUGCAAUGCUAUAGUGCUUUCAUGGAUAAUGAAUUAUAUUAGCAAUGAAUUACUUAGUGGUAUGGUGUAUGCUACAAUUGCUCAGAAGACAAAUAGCCAAGGUAUCUCAUCAGUUUCAGUCUAUUUGCGGGCAGAAUUUGAUCCCUUGAUGCCUUGUCCUGGUUGUGGUUGUGAAGAGUCCAAAAAGUAUGUUGAGCAGUUUGAGUCUCAAAGACUUCUGUAG